GCGGGGCGGGCGGCGGAAUUUAAACACGGACGAGCGGCGGGAUCCCCGCAGCUCUGAGCUCCCGGGCAGCGCCAUGGCCGGCACGGCCUCCMCACGGCCCCUCCGCGGACAGUCCUUCUACCUCGACCUGCCGAGCGGCCGCAGCGCCCGAGAGCUGGCGGAGGCCAUCGGGAGGCUCGGCGGGGUGACCGAAAGCUUCCUCAGCAAAGAAGUCACAUGUGUGGUGUCUAGCAACAGAGAGGCCAAGCGAGGCCAGGCCAGGACUCGGGAGGAGAAGCAAAGCAACCCAGCUUCAGAAGGCACAAAAUCCACCAGCUCAGUGCUUGCUGCCCCCAAAGGAAACCCAACCAGACCUCGCCAGAAGCUGCCAGACACUGCGCUGCUGAGCCGGGGGAAGGAGCUGCUGCACAAGGCCAUGAAGAACCAGGACCCCUGCAGUGGCAGCAGCAUCCUCGCCAACGCUCGCCUGUGGGGAGUCCAGAUCCUGCAUGUGGAUGAAAUGUUGUCCUACGCCCGGCAGCUGCUGCGAGCCAUCUCGGGAGCGAGGAAGCGGUGCCAGAAGACAGAGGUGAAAUGCCCUGCCUCCAGAUCCARAAUUCACAAAGGAAAAUUGAAGCCCCCUUUUCUGAAGGUUGAAGACCAGAGCAGGAAAUUCCGKCCCUUCCAUCACCAGUUCCAAAGCUUUCCUGACCUCAACUUCCUGGCACCCAAAAGCUCCAGCCCAUUUGAGCCUCAGAAAAGCCUCUCCAAUUCCUGCCAAGCCAGGGAUGCUGAAGGCUCUGCACCCCGUUCCACACCCAUCACCGUGCCCAAGAAAAGGAAGGGGUUCUGUGAGUGCUGCCAAGAGACCUUUGAAGAGCUGCACAAGCACCUGCAGAGCCCCCAGCACCAGCAGUUUGCCCAGGAUGGCUCCCAGUACAUCCCUGUGGAUCGUGUCAUCUCCCAGCUCACCUACAGCUUUGUGGAGKGCUCAGCCAGGGUGCCCCGCUCCUGCCUGGCAGAUGAACAAGCAGAGCCUCAAGCACACGGCCCUGGAGGAGCUGAGCUGGGAAAGGAAGGGGAGCAGCCUGAGCAGGGUGCUGUGGAACUGGUAACGGACACGGAGCAGGAUCAUGGCCUGAAGACAGAGGGAUGUUCCACCUGCCCGCCCAGGGAUGGRGUCAGAGAUCCCAGAGCAGGAGUGGGGCUGGCAGAGCACGGCUCCCUGGGGCUGCCYGGGGCAGCAGGACUCAGCAGAGGGGUCUGUGCUGCCCGUGGCACCACGGAGGAGGCCGGGCUGGGCACUUCAGGUUUGGGCUGGGGGCCUCGUGCAGCACCCGCUCCUGCCAGAGAGGCAACGGCUUCAUGGGAACCUCAYGCACAGCCUGGCUCUGGCAGCCCUGCUCCCCAAGCACUGCCUGCUGCCAGGAAGCGCCAGCUGUGCUCCAGACAGAGCUCCCAGGUGGGAAAGAGGCCCAGGCUGGAGCUGGAGCUGCGUUUUGGCCUCUCCCCUGCGGGUGAGCAGACGGAGCCGGUGGGCGAGGCAGGGGCGCAGGGUGCAGGGCAGGUGUCCGAGCCAGGCCUGCCCGGUGUGGUGGGGGCUGGCAGCGUGCCCCUGGGCACACAGCUCUCCAAUAGCCCUCACAGCUCCCCUGCCUUGCAUCUGUGCCUCUGUGGGAGCCCUGGGGACCCUGGAACCCGGCCGGGAUCCCCAGGAGCUGCAGGUUUGGAUCCUGGGGAGGCAGCUGUGGCCAGCACUGCCAGCAAGUGUGGCAGGGAGCRAUCCCGAGGGAAGCGGCACGGAGGGGACGGUGACAACACACCCAGCAAUGGGAACAGGCCUGCUCUGGAGAGCACGGCCAGCAGCACCAGCUGCCCUGCUGGCWGCCUGCCCUCUCCCACACUGCCCGUGGCUGGAGCCAGAUGUUGCUGCUCGCUCUGUGUCAGGGCAGCGGAGGAAACAGUCCCCAGGCAGGGCACGGAGCGGGCGCCGAGCCCCGGCCUCCUCCCGCCUGCUCCCCGCAGCCCAGGCACUGCUCCCGGCUUCGGCAGGAGCUCCUCAGAGUCAGACUGGGAUGUGCAGCUGCUCCCCAGCCUCCCGGGGCUGCGGGGCCGCAGUGUGCUGCCCGUGGACAGGGACUUGCUGCAGCAGACACAGGGCAGCGUCAGGGACAGCGGCUACGAGUCGCAGCUCUGCUCUGUGCUCAAGGACUCGGAGUUGGCCUGGGCAGGCCCAGAGGACAAGAACUGCAGGAACUGCUGCACAGAGACCCGAGGAGCCUCUUUUCCCAGAUUUGGGACAUUGUUUGGCAGCUGGACCAGCUAAAACCACCUUUCCGGACCCUCGGUGGGAGCUGG